AGACGGCAACGUUGUAGAUUCUCGAAAAGUGGCAACGUCGUUGGUUGUUCGAACGAAGUAGUAGUAAGAUAGACAGAGAAAGAGACAGAGAAAAGAGAGAAAGAGAGUGUUAGAGUUAGAGGUGGUAGUAGCUAAGCACAGAGUCGGUAGCACGGACAUCAGGCUUUGUGUGUUCGCCGCGACGGUGAUGCGUCGUCGUUGUUCACCGCCGUACCGUGCCGUCGUGCGCCGUGUUAGCUCAACGAGGAUCACGGAGGAGGAUAGUAGGAGCGCGCCGGUGACCGUAAACGUCACCGUCUGCGCCAAAACCGCGAAGGCGGUACGUGCCUAAUCAAACGGGGCAGUGUGUGGUGCUGUGGGGUAAGGGAUGACGAAGGCCGCGGGGGGGAUGAUAAUAGGGGUGCCGACUUGAGGACAGAAAUGUUGAAGUUCGGUAGCAAGAGCGACGUUACCGUGGUGCACCGCGCCACUAUUCGACUUUUGGACGAUUCCGAGAUUAUCCAUUGCGAUUUUGAGUUAAGUCCGUAGUCAACAAAAUGUUAAUUAAUAUCGUCGAUAUGAUGUAAGAAAUCGUAAGAAGAAAACCGGUUUGUAUCCUCAACAUAAAGGAAUGUACAUUCUCGAAUAUGUGUGCAAGCAACUCAACAUUUUGGAAACGGACUAUUUCGGACUUCGUUACGUUGAUCAUUGUAGACAAAGACAUUGGCUGGAUCUGGGGAAAACGGCGAUCAAACAGGUGAAAGACAUGGACCCGAUUUUGUUUAGCUUUCGCGUGAAAUUCUAUCCACCCGAUCCUCUGCGGCUGAAAGAAGAGAUUACGAAGUAUCAGGUUUACCAGCAACUGAAGAGGGACCUUCUCCAUGGUCGAUUGUACUGCAGUCCUGGUGAAGCUGCAUUAUUAGCAGCAUGUAUAGUUCAAAGUGAAUUAGGAGAUUACGAUCCGGAGAUGCACGAAGGGAAUUACAUCUCUGAACACAAGUUGCUAUUGAAACAGACUGAAACGAUCGAAGAGAAGGCAAUGGAGCUUCAUCAAAGUGAACUGAAAGGAUUUACGCAGGAAGAAGCUGAGACACGUUUUCUCGGUUUGGCCUCGAAAUUAGACACUUAUGCCGUGGAUCCGCAUCCCGUCAAGGAUCACAGAGGUACACAAUUGUAUCUUGGUAUUAAUCAUUGUGGUAUCCUGACGUUUCAAGGAUCGCGGAAAACGCAUCAUUUCCGUUGGUCGGAGGUCCAGAAGAUUAACUACGAAGGGAAAAUGUUUAUUGUGCAUCUGACGAUAAACGAGGACGUGAGGACAAAGGUGAGUCGUUUCUUGGCAGUUGCACGUGCUAUUUGUGUCCAAAAAAAGCACACAGUUGGAUUUAAGUGUCCUACGGGUUCAAAUUGUCGUCACGUAUGGAGAUGCGCCAUCGAGCAAAUGCUGUUUUUCACUUUGCCGAAAGCAUCGGAUGCACCUGUCGUCAGUGGUGGAUCUAUAUUCUCUUGGGGCACUAAAUUCAAAUACACAGGACGAACGGAAAGAGAAGUGCUGGAAGAAACGGGUCCACUUAGAAAGGAAGAACCACCUAUUCAACGUUGUCAGACAACGUGUCUUAGAAGAAAAGCAAGCAGUGUACCGGCCACCCCUAGCACCCCUAGUCAGGACCUUGUUGAAAUACGAUACUCCAGUCUGCCACGUAGCUGUCACAGUGCAGGCUUGGAUGGUACCGGAAUGUCCGAGAGUGGUACCGGAGUUCCUCUCAGUUCACCCUAUUGUCCUGACAAUACCUUGCCUCUCCUGGAGACCGUAUCGGAGGACCAAGAGAUUCAUGCGAGGAGAAACAAUGCCAUAGACGAAAAAAAUACGCAUGUGAGUGCCACCCACAACAACACCACCACCACUACUACCACCACCACCACCAUUACUUCUACUACUUCUACUACUUCUACUACUUCUACUACUACUACUACUACUACUAGUACUACUACUACUACUACUACUACUACUACUACCUCCGCUACUACCACAAACCACGCGAAAGUUAAACUGAAAUUUCCCAAGAGCACGCUGAACCGACCGCAAACGUUGUACAGUCAGAGAAUAGUGAUAGGCUCGGAAGAGCUAGUUGGCCGUGAUAUCGAUAACGUUGUCAGGCAACGUAUAAACGCCCUUGAAAAGAGUCCCAAGGUCGUCAGAUCUACUGCAUUGAUAAUCAAGACCUCGAAGGUACCAGCUGUUAAGCCAUCGUUGGCUUCGGUAUCCUUCUCCUCUUCCUCCUCAUUGUUAUCGCCGACAUCAACUACUAGCAUCACCCCUAUUAUUGCUGCUACUACUACCAUUACUACUCCGAUAACGACAAGGACAACAACAACAGCAACAACAACGUCAUUGACGUCGAAGAAGCAUGUCUCGAACGGGAGUGUUUCAACGACAAAAACAAAGAGAAACGUCGACGUUCCCGACGGAACGGCAAUCAACUCGAUUCGUGACGAUUUUUGCCAGGUAAGAAAGGUCCAAAGUCAAUACGACUGCAACACCGAGACGACAAUUCGAGAUUCGAAAAAGAUUACGAAGACGGCGACAACAUCGAUCUCAAAUUUCAACUCGAAAGGUUCGACGACAACUACGAACGGUUGCGUUUACUACGAUCAUCGCCAAUCGUCUCAGGAUGACGAUCGAAACGGGAUCGAUUCUAUUUUGAAAUCAGUCGGUCAGCACGAGGGCGAGGCGAAUGAUUAUUACUUCAGAGAUUCUUUCGAUCAUUCGUCAUCGGAGAGUCAGCUGUUGGACGCAUCCGGUAAACCUCAUAGUCGAUCGGUAACACCAGUACCAAAAAUGCAAAAGCUUCAAAAUUCGAAGCUUUGUUUACAACAAAAGCAUCAACAUCAACAUCAACACCAGCAACAACAACAACAUCAUCAACAACAAUUACAACAACAACAGUCGCAUCUGGCUCGUAGAUUCCAGGGAAAGCUAAGGCAUAGGAGUCUGCGAAUUCUUCGACGCUUCGUUCCGGCCUUCAUGCUUGCCCUAACAGUGUUUUUCAUCAGUCUCGUAUUAAUCUUCGAAACGGAUGCUACUAUAUUCAACAGCCUGCGUAAGACGCCAGAAAUGGUGGCCUUAAGGAACCAAUACUAUGUCCCCCUAAAGGAGUUCCUCAGGACCAAGUUCGGCCUAUUUUGAUGCGACCCAAUGAUGAUGACCAAUUCAAGGUCGUCUAUUUUCGUCGCCGCGUAGCUUCUCUUCAGUGCCAAGUCGAAGAUUCCGAGUGACCGAGCUCCGUGCUUGUGUCGGGAUGAUCACGAUGAUAACGAUGAUAAUGAAUGACGAUGAUGACGAUCAUGACGACGAUAAUAAUGAUGAUAAUGAUCAGAAGAAUAGUUUGCAUGACGAUGAUGAUUGUGAUGACGUUGGAGGAGGAACGUGUCGUUUCUUUCUCUCUCUCUCUCUCUCUUUUUCUCUCUUUCCCUCUCUCUUUCUCUCUCUCUCUCUCUCUCUCUCUCUCUUUCUCUUUCUCUUUCUUUUAUCUAUACACGUAUAUUUAUUCAUCUUUUAUUUUAAAGUUGUUAUUUUGUUAUUGAUAAAAUCAAAACAAUCGAGAAGACCGAUCUCUUCUAUAUCUUUUUAAUCAUACACUACAUUUAUACAAUGUACUUAAGAUAAACGAAAGUGUAAACGAAGUUGCCUGUACCUUUGAGAAACGAGUUACAUUUUUAUGAAAAAAAAAAGAAAAGAAGAGAAAAGAAAAAAGAAUAAUAAUAAUAAUAAUGAUAAUGAUAAUGAUAAUAAUAA